AAAUCGGAACAGUUCCGAUCAGUGGUUCCUUAUCAUUCUUCAUUUGGCUCUAAUUCAAGAGAGAACCGCAAAAACCUAUCACCAGUCAUAUCGAUAUAGAUAACAUAGCCUUUGUGGCUAAUCGCAAUUCCAAAGGGUUGUUCGUAAUGCCGGAUUACAAGAAGCUCGAGAACGAGGAAACUGAUGUGGAGAGGGCCAAUGGCCAGGACACAGAGGACCAACCAAGGACGGUAGCAGGUCAGCAUGCGGCCCAAAUGAUGACGGUGUCCCUGCUCAUGCUCCUGUUCCUCGGCAGCUCCUAUUUCCAGCCAAGGCCACGCCUACAUGCCUAUAGUGGGGGCAGGGGCCAUGGGCUAAAGCAGCAGUACGAUUGUAACAUUCAGCUGGUGGAGUCCAUACCCGUCGGCCUGACAUAUCCCGAUGGCAGCCCGCGAUUCCUAAGCACCUACGAAGCCUGGCUGCAGUUGUUGGACAACGCGAAGGAGACACUGGACAUUGCCUCCUUCUAUUGGACACUCAAGGCCGAGGACACGCCCGGAGUCACGGAUAACAGCACUCAACCGGGCGAGGAUAUUUUUGCCAAACUCUUGGCCAACGGUAAUGGCGGCAGCCGGACACCCAGGAUUAAAAUUCGUAUUGCUCAGAGCGAACCUUCCAGUGUGUCGCCCAAUUUGAACACAAAUUUGUUGGCCAGCGCUGGAGCUGCCGAGGUGGUGACUCUCUCGUUUCCAAAGUACUUCGGCAGUGGUGUUCUUCACACCAAACUGUGGGUGGUGGACGGCCAGCACUUUUAUUUGGGUAGCGCCAACAUGGAUUGGCGGGCACUAACUCAGGUCAAGGAAAUGGGCUUGCUGGUCCAGAACUGUCGGGAACUGACACAAGAUGUGGCCAAGAUCUUCGAGGAGUACUGGUACCUUGGCAGCAACCAAGGUUCCAAGAUCCCAAAUUGGGACUGGGACUACCAGACCAAUUACAAUUGGAAUCAUCCAAUGCAGAUAAAAGUAAACAAGAAUAUCAGCAUGGAGGGCUUUCUCUCCAGCUCACCGCCGCCUCUUUCGCCCUCGCGACGAACAAACGACUUAGACGCCAUUCUUAACAUUAUCAACUCUGCCAUAACAUACGUAAAUGUUGCGGUAAUGGACUAUUAUCCGUUAAUAAUCUACGAGAAGAACCACCACUACUGGCCCUUCAUCGACGACGCCUUGCGGCGGGCAGCUGUGGAGCGCGGCGUGGCUGUAAAGCUGCUAAUCUCCUGGUGGAAACAUUCCAAUCCUAGCGAAGAUAAAUACCUCCGGUCGCUGCAGGAUCUGGCAUCCAAAGAGGACAAAAUUGAUAUACAAAUCCGCCGCUUCAUUGUGCCCGUGGAAGGAAAUCAAGACAAGAUUCCCUUCGGGCGGGUGAACCACAAUAAGUACAUGGUCACCGACCGAACGGCUUACAUCGGCACCUCCAACUGGAGUGGCGACUACUUCACCGACACCGCUGGGAUCGGUUUUGUGCUAAGCGAAACCCACGAUACGGAAAGCACCAAAAAUAUUAGAAGUGAUCUUCGAGACGUCUUCGAGCGGGACUGGAAUAGCAAGUAUGCCACUCCGCUGAAAUAAGUAAACCUAGUCGUUUUUUUAUUCUUUAAAUUUUAAUGACACAAUGUUAUUCCAAAUCUUUAAUCACUCUAAAAAUUGUUCAAUCCUAUUCAUUGCUUUUAUUCAUUUUUGAUUAUGCGUGAGGGUAAAUAAAAGGCUCGUUUUACGGCCAUAACAGAAAAUACAAAAUAAUA